CCCUUCCAUCAUCUCUCUACUCUCUCUUUCCCCCUCCUCUCUCUCCGCCUCUCUCGUUCUCUCUCCUCCCCCCCCACUCUGUCUGGAGCUCUGGAGCUCCGAGAACUUUUAGGGUUUUAAGCAAGGGCUUUUAGGAGAGGGUAGGGGAUGAUGCAGACGAAUCCAGCAGCUGGCGGCAUCUACAUGAACAGCGGAGCAAUGGAUGGAAACGUCAUUGGAGGUCUGAUCAACAGCAUAUCUCGAUUUAUUCAUCUUGUUGGUUGCCAGACUACAAAAACUACAGUUCUGAAAGAGUUCAAAAGUAUAGUUGGCAUAUUGAAGCUCUUGAAGCCCAUACUUCAUGAAGCAUUUGGUCCUCAAAUACCUUCAGAUGAACAACUCAUAAAAGCAUUCGAGGAAUUAGAUGUAGCUGUUAAUGAGGCUAGAGAAUUUAUGGAGAAACGACCCCAGAGGAUGAGCAGGAUAUAUAGUGUUUUACAAAGUGAACCAAUGGUGUUGAAGGUCCAGAAGUCAUCUAUUGAGAUAUGUCAUGUCUUGAGUGAAUUGUUACCAUCAUCUCAAUAUACUUCUCAUUUAGCAGGCAUCCAGCACUGCUUGCAGGAACUUCAAUGCAUACAGCAGGACCUAACAUCGGAACUCAUUGAAAAUGCUCUGAAAGAUCAAAGAGGAUAUGUCAUACCUAGUCUAGAAGAUAUUAUAAAGAUCAUGGAUAUGCUUGGUUUGGCAUCAAACCAGGAACUCCUGAUGGAAAAUAUAGCUCUUGAGAAGGAGAGAGAAAAGGCUGAGCUCAAAGAAAAGACAGAGGAUGCAGACCACAUAAGUCAGAUAAUUGCACUAGUUGCUCACAUGCGUUAUUGCGUGGCAAAACUUGAACAGUUUGGGUUUAUAAAUGGGCUACCCAUCCCUUCACAUUUCCGUGGCCCUCUCUCUUUGCAACUCAUGCUGGAUCCUGUAAUUGUGGCCUCAGGUCAAACAUAUGAAAGAUCUUUUAUACAGAAGUGGCUGGAUAGUGGCCUGAGAAUUUGUCCCAGGACUCAUCAAAUCCUUUCCCAUACAAAUCUUAUACCAAAUUUCACAGUCAAGGAGUUGAUUGCAAAUUGGUGUGAAGGCAACAACAUAAGGCUAAACAAUUCUGUUCAAUCUGAUUGUGUCUCAAAUCCCUUCUUAUCUAGUGCAAUGCUGGAGGACUUCAGGCCUGAGAAUAAUUUACAUGGUUCACUGCAUAGAGAUUCGACCUCCACGCCCUCCUUUGAAUGUGCGCAUCAAACAGAACAGCAAAUUGCUGAGUUGUUAUCUGGAUGUGGUGAAGAGUCUUCCCUUAUUAGCCAACAUCAGAAAUUGGCAGGUAAGGUUACUAUGCAAGGCAAUGUGUCACGUGAACAGCCAAGUAGCUGUCAUAAUCAUAGUGAAUCCAUCUCAAGUGUUGUUUCUAGCAUCGAAAUAUUGAGUCAGUUCAAUGAAAACAUCAGUCUUCUGGGAGAAGUCCCACAUCCUUCAUCUUAUCCAUUGAAUAAAGAUAUGGGGUUUUCCCUGCGAUUUUCCCCACCCCAACUUUAUGGCUUGAGGAAUGGACAUGUGAAUAAUGUUGCCAGCCAGUUGUCGCUCCCUAUACCAGGAUCAACUGAUCUUACCACCUCUUCCCAUGUUCAGAAAUUAAUCGAGGAUCUGAAGAGUCAAGCUCCUGAAGUGCAGACAGCUGCUGCAUCAGAGCUGAGACUUCUUUCAAAGCAUAAUAUGGAAAACCGUGUUCUGAUUGCAAAAUAUGGGGCUAUCCCUCCACUAGUUUACUUGCUACAUUCCAAGGUAAAAAAGGUACAGGAAAAUGCUGUUACUGCUCUGCUGAAUUUAUCCCUUAAUGAUAAUAAUAAAGUUUCCAUAGCAGAGGCAGGAGCUAUUGAACCACUUAUCUAUGUUCUGGAAUGUGGAAGCACAGAGGCCAAAGAGAACUCAGCAGCAGCUCUGUUCAGCCUCUCAGUUUUGGAGGAGUACAAAGUUAAGAUUGGACGUUCUGGUGCAAUUAAGGCAUUAGUUAAUCUUUUAGGCUCUGGAAGCCUAAGAGGAAAGAAAGAUGCUGCUACUGCCUUAUUCAAUCUGUCAAUCCUCCAUGAGAACAAGGCACGGAUAGUCCAAGCUGGUGCAGUUAAGUAUCUUGUUGAGCUGAUGGAUCCCAGCACAGGAAUGGUGGACAAAUCAGUGGCACUAUUGGCUAAUCUUUCUACAGUUCCUGAGGGCCGCUUGGCUAUCAGCCAGGAAGGUGGCAUUCCCCUGCUAGUUGAGAUUGUUGAGACAGGCUCUCAAAGGGGAAAGGAGAAUGCAGCAUCUGCUUUGUUGCAACUGUGCCUCCACAGCCAUAAAUUCUGCAGUCUGGUCUUGCAAGAAGGAGUUGUGCCACCUCUUAUUGCAUUGUCUCAAUUUGGAACACCCAGAGCCAAAGAGAAGGCACAACAGAUCCUCGGUCACUUCCGAAGUCAGCGAGAGGGGAUGAUGCGCAGACCCAAAUAAUGAUUUCUUCUAUCUUCUAUUUGGUUUCCAUGUAAAAUUUCAAUGAACUUGGAAAUACGUGGGAUUCACAUGUACUCGUAUGCCAGAUUUACAAAAUGCUGUACAUUAUUGAUGACUGGAGGCUUGCAGUUUAUAAUUAGCACAGGAUGAAGCCGAUACCCAAGCGUAGGGGAAGCUGAAAGGAUGCAGAGCAAGUAUGUUGGAGAUAAGAUGCUAAGAAAUUCGUCCCAAAUUUUUAGUGUUGUGAAUAUGUAAAUAUAUGUUGCAUAGCUUGCAGUAGUGCAACUUAUUUUGUAUUCGUACCAUUCUUUGGCGGAGUAUCAGUUACUUAUCCUUUUGUAUAUGGAUUUGCUUGCUUUAUGCUUACUUUGGUGUAACAAAAAUGGUAUCACCUGUAUAUCUGUCGCGGACAUGGGAGUAUUGAAUCUGAUGCCUAGCAAAAAUAGAAAGAAUUAUUUUGGAAA